AUGCACUACCAGACUGAGUCGUGGGGUUCUUAUAUGGCUACACGGAGCAGUUACGGUGAUCCACUGGAGCUCAUUGAGAGGAUGGCGUCGGAACACGCGAUGGUGAUAUUCAGCAUAAGCAGUUGUUGCAUGUCUCACGCCAUCAAGAGGCUCUUCUGCGGCAUGGGUGUCAAUCCAACGGUGAACGAGCUCGACGAGGAUCCCAGAGGAGGCAAGGACUUGGAGAGGGCUCUGAUGAGGCUAAUGGGGACCUCCGACGCUGUGCCGGUGGUCUUCAUCGGUGGGAAGCUUGUCGGAACCAUGGACAGAGUCCUGGUCUCGCUCAUUAAUGGCACGCUCGUACCUCUUCUCAAAGAGGCUGGGGGCUCUCUGGCUCUGAUUGAGAGGGCUACCACUCCUACCAACUCUUUUCAUCAACAAAAACGAAAUGAUCAUGACCACUUAUAA